AUGAUGUGCUCUGAGAAGAGGAUUGCUACUGAAAGCAUAGGAACAGUUUGUUUUUCUGCCCACCCUUACCGAAUACUGCUCUCUUUUUACAGGAAGAUCGUGGAUAGAAUAGAUGAAAACAAAGAUGGCUAUCUCACAACAGAGGAGCUGAAAAACUGGAUUAAGCGGGUACAGAAACGCUACAUCUAUGAAAACGUCGCUAAGGUUUGGAAAGACUAUGAUACAAACAAGGACAAUAAAAUCACCUGGGAAGAGUACAAACAAGCUACCUAUGGUUAUUAUCUAGAAAAUCCAGAGGAAUUCCAAGAUGCAACAGAUCGGCACAGUUUUAAAAAAAUGCUGCCCAGAGACGAAAGGCGAUUCAAAACUGCAGACCUGGAUGGAGACUCAGCUGCCACUCGUGAAGAAUUCACUGCUUUCCUUCACCCAGAGGAAUUUGAGCACAUGAAAAACAUCGUUGUCUUGGAAACGUUAGAAGACAUAGACAAAAAUGAGGAUGGCUUUGUGGAUCAGGAUGAGUACAUUGCUGAUAUGUUUGCAAAUGAAGAGGGAGGACCAGAGCCUGACUGGGUGACUACAGAGCGUGAGCAGUUUUCAGAUUUCCGUGACCUCAACAAGGAUGGAAAGAUGGACAAAGAGGAGAUUCAGCACUGGAUUCUCCCACAGGACUACGAUCACGCACUAGCUGAAGCCAGGCAUUUAGUCUAUGAGUCAGAUGUCGAUAAGGAUCAAAAACUAACAAAAGAGGAGGUUUUAGACAACUGGAAUAUGUUUGUAGGAAGUCAAGCUACUAAUUAUGGGGAAGACCUCACAAGAAACCACGACGAACUAUGAUAUAAGUAUACCAAGCAGCAUGCCACAGGCCUUUUCUCCAUUUUAUUGAACCUACCAUGUCCAUCCCCUUUUUUGGGGAGGAUGGACAAGGGACAUACUCAAAACUGAAUGACUUGCAUAUAUUUUUAACAUGGCAGUUUAUUACCUCAGAAACUACGUAGAAAUAGUGUUUUUUUUUAUUUUCUUCACAAGGUUAAAUGCUAUUAUCUAAUUAUACGGUCCUGUUUUGGGGAAAAAAUGGUAAUGUGUCUUAGUAGGUUAGAUCUGGGAAAGACACUUAAAACAUAACUCCAAGGAGCUUCAGUAAUAACAUGUUUUCUUCAAAUGUCCAUUUUUAUCGGAGUAAAAUGCAGCUACAAUUAGUAGGAAACCUACUUUUUCAGUAGUCUAAGUUGUUUAGUCAUCGUUUCUAAUAGUGUUUGAAAUCAUAGAAUGACUUAAGUUGGAAGGGACCUUGGAGAUCAUCUAGCUCCAACUCUCUGCUGUGGGCUGAUUGCCACCCACCAGAUAAGGCUGCCCAGGGCCCUAUCCAGGGUCAUAGCUUUACAAGUGCAACGUGUGCAAUUGGCCCUUCUCUCUAAGCCCCCCUGCAGUGCAGAAGCCCUGGCAUUCCUCAGCAAGGGCUGUGGAGUUCAGACUGACAGCUGUUCCUUCUGCUGACAGAAUAACGUACAGUGUUUGUGGGCUGUUAGUUGUGCUGUUUCCUGGAAGGAAUUAUGCCACAUGGAGCGUAAUUUAUCUCACGCUUUUCGCGCUUUACCCAAGCCAUACUCCUGUUCACACAGUGUGAAUGGCAGCAGCUCCAUGAUGGAGAAAGAAUGAGACAUAUCACCCCUCUGGGCCUUCAUACGGGGCCAGAUUCAUGUGGCUGAAGUUCUAGUUUGCAUGUACGUACGUAUAAAUCUGUGUUACUGAAGCAACUACAUGGAGACAGCUUUCCUUCCAAAGAGAGGAGUAAGCUUUCCACACAGGUGCUUUCUUUUUUUACUGUAUGAUGUGAGCAGUAACGUGUAUAUUUUUAUAUACCUAACUCAGCUAAGUUUGGUCGGUUUUAAAUACACUAUUUUUAAAACAAGCACAAUAAAAGCGUAACUUUUUGAUACUAUGAAGGUGCAAUAACACUAAUACAGACUAGCAUAGAGAGAGGAUGUGAAGCUUCUUAUGCCAAGAGUUCAGCCUGAAGCACUGGCUGGUCAUCUACAAACAGCAGCUGGAUGUAUGGCACCAACUGUUUCUUCUUUGCUUCUUUAAAAAAGCUAGAAAUAAGUCAACUGUAUAUUUUUACUAUUGCUAGAACCUGUUCUGAAUGCUAAGGUUAGGUUACGUAAGAACAAUGCUAAAUAAGUGCUAAAUAGUUUCAGUUCAAGAUAGCUCUUUAUUCCACACACUGGCAGGGAUUACUUGCCUUUGCUAACUUUAUUAUUAAGCUUUUAGUUGCACCUACAACAUUGCCAGCAAGGUCCCCUAGAAGUCCCUACCUCUUCUGCUAACAUAGAGUAGGACAGAUGUCAUAAGACAUAAAUGGUUUUUGCUCUCCCAGUAAUUCCAUGUCAAAGUAAUGCCUAAAUGCCGUGUUACCUGAGAAGCAAUAAAAUUGUAUCUUGGCACACACAAAAAAUUAUCUGUAUGGUUUAUUAUUUGGAUUUGGAAAGGUUUGCUGUAUUGAAUAGUCCUAACAAUCUCUCUAACUUCUGUUUUCUAGCAACCCUUUCGUACUCAAGUUUGAGAUUUUUAUAUUUAAGUACAGAGAUUUUAUAUUUUAGUACAGAAUUGCUGUGCUCUCUCUGCACCUGGAUCAUCUUCCGCUGUUUCAGGAAACAAUACCUUAAAAGACCACAGUAAAAAAGCUUGUUUCCUGCUACUGAAACUGCAGCUCAGACUAGAUAGGAAGCCAAGGGUUUUCAGUGGAGCCCAAGGGAAGGUUGUUUGGUAACUCUUGUUGAAAUUCAGUGGGAGUUGGGUGCUGAGACACUAAGCAUCGUUGCCUGCAGCUAAACAUGACACUUCCAAAUCCACUGUGUUCUGCCCCAACAAGAAAACUGCAUCUGAGCUUUGACAAGCAAUCACAUUUUCUUCCACGUUACUCAAUGAAUUUGGAAUAAAAUUAGCAUCAAAGGAGA